AUGUAUGAGACUGGUUACAGUCACCAUGAAGUGAUCUUUCAGUUUGGUUUUCUGACGGCCAUCACUGUGCUAUCUGUUGCCUGUCCUUGUGCCCUUGGCCUGGCCACACCCACUGCUGUCAUGGUUGGCACUGGUGUAGGUGCUCAGAAUGGGAUCCUAAUCAAGGGUGCCCAACCUUUGGAAAAUGCUCAUAAGGUCAAGGCUGUGAUAUUUGACAAGACUGGAACUAUAACAGCUGGAACUCCCAUGCUUCAAAGGAUCACACUGUUUGUGUCAGAGUCUGUCUGUUCACUGGUUGAACUUAUAGCGCUUGUGGGGAUUGCUGAAUCAAACAGUGAACAUCCUAUUGCCUCCGCUAUGGUGACUUUUACCAAGAAUUUAAUUGGUGACUUCAGUGGUCAUAGUGAAGACUUUGAAGCUGCACCUGGCUAUGGACUCAAGUGCCUAGUGUCAAACAUUGAUGGAAUGAUUGAACGUGCACUCUCAUCUGAGCCUAUCCAAAACCACCUUAAUCGACCAAAUGGAUCUUUACUUGGCGAGAAGAUAAUUGUUGGCGGGCAUACAACAUAUGUCACUCGCCAAGUUAUUGGUGAAUCUGAGAAAGAGAAAUCUAUCCUAGUUGAUAUGGGUUCCCAUGAUUCCAUUACUUACAUGGAUGGAGCUAAGGCAUCAAAAACAUACCAGGUGCUGAUAGGGAAUCGUGAUUGGAUGCUGAAGAACUGUGUCCACUUAUAUCCUGAGGUGGAGUCUUUAAUGGCUGAUCAAGAGGAGAAGGGACAUACUGUAGUCCUCUGUGCCAUGAAUGGAAAACUUAUAGCCUUGUUAGCUGUGUCUGAUCCAGUGAAGNUAGCUGUGUCUGAUCCAGUGAAGCCUGAAGCCCAUCUUGCAGUUUACACGUUGAAGAGGAUGGGUUUGGAAGUUAUGCUACUUACUGGUGACAAUAGAAAAACGGCAGCUGCAAUUGCAAGAGAGGUUGGAAUUACAAGGGUAUUUGCAGAAGUGCUGCCAUGGCAUAAACAAAAGAAGAUUGAAACCCUGCAAGAGCAAGGAUAUCGAGUGGCCAUGGUUGGAGAUGGUGUCAAUGAUUCUCCAGCCUUGGCUCAAGCUAAUGUUGGUAUUGCCAUCGCUUCUGGCACUGAUGUUGCUGUUGAGGCAGCUGACAUCGUCCUCAUUCGGAAUGAUCUGCUGGAUGUUAUUGCCUGCCUGGAUCUCUCCAAGCGGACUGUGAGGCGAAUUAAACUUAAUUUCUGGUUUGCUUCAAUCUACAACAUAAUUGGAAUCCCCUUGGCAGCUGGAGCUUUCCGUCCCCUUGGAAUCGUUCUCCAGCCUUGCAUGGGAUCAGCAGCAAUGGCUUUAAGUUCUGUCUCUGUUGUCUGCUCCUCUCUUCUUCUCCGACUGUAUCAAAAACCAACAUUAAACUCUCUGAGGACCCCAGAUUACAAGAAAGCACUGGAAGCUCAUAAUUUAGCAAAAGAUGAGGAUGAUAUAUCUCUUCAUUGCGGACUCCAACCAGGUUCUCUCAAAUGACACAACAUCAUCUCCUCUCAGCAGGAAGCGACACAUUCAUUAGAUUCUUCAGGAAGUAGCCCGCCGCUUGUUCUAGUAUUCCAGCUUCUACAUUACCUCUUCUGCCAGAAAUCUGCCAGUUUAGUGCCUGGACCGCCACCAGCCCACUACCUUUGCACUACUUUGGUCGUUGGGUCUCGCCAUUCGUUCCCGUCAGCCAGGUUUUCCUGUAGGUGGAUAUCUUCAACUGUCUAACCGGCUCAGCGAGAUAUCUCUCUUAAUAAUUAAGUGGAGGGGUAGCUAUUGACUUCAACUGAACUUGGAACAGUAAGGAAGCCCAAUGAUUUAGUGUCG